GCCGCUGCUGCUCCCCAGCGGGGUCUGUGCGGGGAGCGAUCUGCAUUAACUCCGCUCUGUGCCAGCCGGGGGGGGGGGACUUUCUGCCGCGGGUGGAACCAGCCCCUGGGGCAGCCCCGGGCUCUGCCGCCACCAGCCGCUGAGCCGGAGCCUGCAGCCACUGGUCACGUUAGAGGAGGCAACUGUUUCACCAUGGAGCCCUGGGUGAUGCUGGAUCCGCGGCAGAGAGCCCUGUACCGGGACGUCAUGCAGGAAAGCUAUGAGACCCUGAUGUCCCUGGCACUAUUUCCGAUUUCUAAACCCGACCUGAUCUCCUGGAUGGAACGAGGCGAGGAUCCAUCCGCCCGGGAUUUCCAGGGACGGGAGAGCCCCCGAGGAGCCCACGCAGCAGCUGAUGGUUUGGUGAGCGACAACGAGGAAGAGGAUGCUGAUGAGGAGGAAGAGGAAGAGGAGGAGGAAGGCUCAGAGGAGCUGGAACCACGCAUGUCUCAGAACCCUGAGUGGGAAAAGAGCCCUGCCGGCUCCGAUGAACAAAAGAAAGCCCAGCCAGGGAAGAAGCAUGACAAAGCCACGCAGCGCGGUCCGGGCCUGAGGAAGCCGAAGGGCACGGUGGCCCAGACUCGCUGUGGUGACUGCAGGAAGAGUUUCAAGUGUGGGGUGGCUGGGGGCCGGCAGCGUAAGGGCAAGCCAGCCGAGGAGCGCGCCAAACCCUUCCGCUGCCAGGACUGCGGCAAGAGCUUCAUCUGGGCCUCGCACCUGGAGCGGCACCGGCGCAUCCACACCGGCGAGCGCCCCUUCCGCUGCCCCGAGUGCGGGGAAUGCUACAGUCAGAGCUCCCACCUGCUGCAGCACCGCCGCACCCACACCAGCGACCGGCCCCAUAAGUGUGGUGACUGCGGGAAACGCUUUGCCCAGCCUGACGAGCUGGCCGCCCACCAGCAGGGCCACGCGGCGGACAAACCCCACAAGUGCAGCCACUGUGGCAAGGGCUUCAUUUGGGCCUCCCACCUGGAGCGGCACCAGCGCAUCCACACCGGCGAAAAGCCCUUCAAAUGCCCCGAGUGCGGGGAAUCCUUCAGCCAGAGCUCCCAUCUGGCAAAGCACCGGCGCAGCCACACAGGAGAGCGCCCCUACCGCUGCCCGCACUGCGGGAAAAGUUUCUGUCAGAGCUCGGACCUGGCCCGCCACAAGCGGAUCCACCUGGGUAAGAAACCCCUGCGCUGCGGCGACUGCGGGAAGUGCUUCCGGGCUGGCCCGGCCCUGGCCCGGCACCAGCGCUCCCACCGGCGAGAGAGGGCCCACCGCUGCGGUGACUGCGGCAAAGGCUUCGUCUGGGCCUCUCACCUGGAGCGGCACCGGCGAGUCCACACGGGCGAGCGCCCCUUCCCCUGCACUAGCUGCGGGGAGCGCUUCGCCCAGAAAGCCCACCUGCUCCAGCACCGCAAGACCCACUCCCCCGACCGGCCUUACAAGUGUGGGGACUGCGGCAAGCGCUUUGGGGACAACGCCGCCUUCCUGGCCCACCAGCAGGGCCACGCAGCGGAGAAGAGCUACAAGUGCGGUGACUGCGGGAAAGGCUUCGCCUGGGUCUCCCACCUGGAACGGCAUCGGCGCAUCCACACCGGAGAAAAGCCUUUCAAAUGCCCCGAGUGCGGGGAAUCCUUCAGCCAGAGUUCGCAUCUCACCAAGCACCAGCGCAGCCACCUGGGCAAGCGGCCCUACAAGUGUAGCGAGUGCGGGAAGGCCUUCGGCCUCACUCUCGACCUCAUCAUCCACCAGCGGACCCACAUGGGCGGCAAACCCUAUAAGUGCUCCCGGUGCAGGAAAGGAUUCACUCGCCGGGCCAACCUCAUCAAACACCAGAGGAGCCAUGGGGAGGAGGAACCCUGAGGGGAUGCACUGACUGGGCUGCAGGGUGGAGGGAGCAAAAGGGGAUAGGAUAAACAUGACAGUCGGAGGCUAAAAAGAGCGUGUGUGGUGGGGAACGAUAUAAAUGUGAGGCUCAGAGGCUAACAGGAUAGAGGGAUGGUAUAGAUAGGCAACUUGGUGGCUAAUGGGAUGGGGGAACAGUAUAAAUGUGAUACAUGGAAGCUAACAGUGGGGGAACAAUAUAAACGUCACACUCAGAUGCAGUAUAAAUAACCCUUGGCGCAGCUGCCCUGGGAUUCCGUGUCUCACAGUAGGGUUGCCAGUUUUGGUGGGAUGUAUUCCUGGAGGUUUCAUCACAUGAUGUAAUCUUCAAUUAAAAAUUAAUCUUUAAUUCCUGGAGACUCCAGGACAGUCCUGGCGGGGUGGCAACCCUAGUCCCUCGAAAGGCAUUUCCAGAUGUCUCAGAGCACGUGUGAAUCUCCCAUAGAGACAGAGACCCACCUGCUCCUGACCCUAGCUCAGAGCACGAGAGGCCAAGGGCCUGGGCUGACAGGUCUUUGCCUCAGUCUCUGUGCCAUGGGGAUGAAUUCACACAGCAUAAUGGAGAAGAGCUGUUUUCUACGGUGCUUCCCAAGGAAGAGGGGAAAAGCCUUAGUAGGCAGAUAAUCCCACUUCAGUCACUCAGAGUGUUACAUUUAUACUGUAGCCCCAAACCCUGUUAACCUAUGAGUGUCACAUUUAUAUUGUCACCUCCCACCCCACUGAUUUCUGAGCGUCAUCCUGGCACUGUCGCCUCCCAUGCUGUUAACCUGUGAGCAUCGCCGUCGCCCUCCGAGAGGCAGCAACAGGAACAGGGUUGGAAAUUACUGCCUGUUCCCUACAGUGAUGCAAGAUGCAGUCGGGGGGGAUACAGAACUGGGAGACUGCAGGGUUAGCUCAUGCAGACCAGACAGCUGAGGCUGAGAACUGUGAACUCGUUGCACUGUGGAUAGAGAAGAAAUGUCAGGGGAAGCCAUCCCUGAAUUCUAAAGAGCUACAGGUGAGUGACGGAGGUGGUGAUGGGGGCAGGGUGUCAGCGCCCCCUGAUUUCUGAAAGGAUGAGGCUGGGCGGCGAUGAGAAGGAAGCUGAAGAAAUCAACUGACCUGGCCCGCCCCCAGUCACAGAGACAAAAAACCUGGCAGGCCAGCUAGUCAUCUUCCCCCCGCCCCCAUUUGUUAUGGGGUCCUAUGUAGGGAUAAUGGAGAUUUAAACAGAGACUCUGCUGCAUUCACACCCUUCCCCCCUGCAACAUACCCAGGACGGCCCAGACCCUCAAAGGUAUUUAUUCCUUUGAUAUCCGUGGAUUUGAGGAACCUAAAUGUCAUUGAGGUUCUGAGCUAACAUCUGCAGGGUGUGAAAAGCCUCCACCGGAUCGGAGCUGCAGAUGCUGCUGUGACCUGCCCUUGCCUGUGAGAGCAGCUGCCAGCAGAUGAGGGGUUCAUGCCGGGCAGGCAGCGGCCACAGCAAGGCCAUUUCUCCGGCAGAACUGAGCUCCCUGAGGAUGGAAUCACUUCCUUUUGUCACCAGAUCCCAGCUUGGCUUCCCAGAGGCCUGUCCUCUCCCAACCCCUGUAGGAAUGUCCGUCUGACGCUUCCGGAAGCUGGGAUCUGUUUGUGGCCGCGUUCUUGGUUAUUUUUUUUUGGAGUGCGUCGUGCCGAGUUUAGUUCUCCACCACUGAGUCGUAGACGAUGGUUUAUUUGUGACUUUUCUUGCUUUCUGUUGGAGGCAAAUAAAAUAGAAUGUAGUUUUACCAGCCUUACAGACUCCAGGAUACUUGGCAUGAUUAGAAAUACAGCACAAUACUCAUUGGAAUAGAGUCUGUUUAAUUUGAACAGGUACCAUUAACUCAGGGCUGGUUCAGACAAAUCCAGGACUUCUGUGGAAUAUUUAUUUAGGAUCCCCCGCGAAGCAGAGAGACUGCACUCUCUCUUCAGUUAAAGUUAUCAACCAGGAGCCCAUUAACAGGCCAAGCCUUUCAUAAGUGACGAGCUAUUUGAACUCCCCCAAGUACUAAACCUCACACCUUCUACUCCAAGUGUAGGGUUUCUUUGACCUCCCAUCUGGAACAUAAAACUAUAGUGACAUGCAUAUUAGUUUUAGAAACUCUUACUAAAACAAGACACUCUACUGUACAUGUUUCUCCUCUAGGGUAUUGUAUGAGAGACCAAAGUCACUUAGUGCCCAGGUGGAAGGCGCUCAAAUACUCAGGAGAUGAGCGCAAUAGAAGAACGUAUAUAGAAAAGAACAGCUUUUGGGUGUCCACUUUGAGACUGCUAAAGGUGUUUAAUUUUCCAAAGGGCAGGAGCUUGGCCCUUUCAGGCAGCUCAUGCUGGGCACCCAAAUUCCCUAGGCACCUCUGGAAAUCUGUGGCCCAAUUUUAUUCUGACCACCAAAUAAAAGGCCCCCAAUUUUAUUCUGUGGCCCAAUUUUCAAUCCCCUGCCCUCCCCUCCCCUUGCCUGCAAACUCGCAAAAUUAAAAUACCUGCAGUCUCAAAAUUUUACGGCAAAUGGGGGAAAAAAUUACAGAAAAUUUCAGAGGCCUGGCAGAGUUUCACUGGUUUAAUGAAGGUCCUGUCUACACCCGGUUUUUAUAGCGGUGUAAUUAUCAUGGUUGGAGUGUGAUUUUUCUAAUGAACUAAUUUCACUAGUUUAUUGAUAUAAAAGUGCCUUAAUCUGGUGUAAC